AUGACUACUGUCCAUGCAGGCAACAUAAACUUCAAAUGGGAUCCCAAAAGUCUAGAGAUCAGGACUCUGGCAGUUGAAAGGCUGUUGGAGCCUUUAGUGACACAGGUUACAACCCUGGUAAACACCAACAGUAAGGGACCUUCUAAUAAGAAGAGAGGUCGUUCCAAGAAAGCCCAUGUUUUGGCUGCGUCUGUUGAACAAGCAACUGAAAAUUUCUUGGAGAAGGGUGACAAAAUUGCAAAAGAGAGUCAGUUUCUUAAGGAGGAGCUUGUGGCUGCUGUAGAAGAUGUUCGGAAACAAGGUGACUUAAUGAAGGGUGCUGCAGGAGAGUUUGCGGAUGAUCCCUGCUCCUCUGUGAAGCGUGGCAACAUGGUUCGAGCUGCUCGAGCUUUACUCUCUGCUGUUACCCGGCUGCUGAUUUUGGCUGACAUGGCAGAUGUCUACAAAUUACUAGUUCAGCUGAAAGUUGUGGAAGAUGGUAUCUUGAAACUGAGGAAUGCUGGCACUGAACAAGACUUAGGAAUACAGUAUAAAGCCCUAAAACCUGAAGUGGAUAAGUUGAAUAUUAUGGCAGCCAAAAGACAGCAGGAGCUGAAAGAUGUGGGCCAUCGUGAUCAGAUGGCUGCCGCGAGAGGAAUCCUGCAGAAAAAUGUUCCAAUACUCUAUACUGCAUCCCAGGCAUGCCUUCAGCACCCUGAUGUUGCAGCCUAUAAGGCUAACAGGGACCUGAUAUACAAGCAACUGCAGCAGGCUGUCACAGGCAUUUCCAAUGCUGCUCAGGCCACUGCAUCAGAUGAUGCUUCUCAGCACCAAGGUGGUGGAGGAGGAGAACUGGCUUAUGCCCUCAACAAUUUUGAUAAACAAAUCAUCGUGGACCCUUUGAGUUUCAGUGAGGAGCGCUUUAGGCCUUCCCUUGAGGAACGCCUGGAAAGCAUUAUUAGUGGAGCUGCGCUGAUGGCAGAUUCGUCCUGCACACGUGAUGACCGACGCGAACGAAUUGUUGCCGAGUGCAAUGCUGUCCGCCAGGCCCUGCAGGACCUCCUUUCUGAGUACAUGGGCAAUGCUGGACGUAAAGAAAGAAGUGAUGCACUCAAUUCUGCAAUAGAUAAAAUGACAAAGAAGACUAGAGACUUACGAAGACAACUCCGCAAAGCUGUCAUGGACCAUGUUUCUGAUUCUUUCCUGGAAACCAACGUUCCACUUUUGGUAUUGAUUGAAGCUGCAAAAAAUGGAAAUGAAAAAGAAGUUAAGGAAUAUGCCCAAGUUUUCCGUGAACAUGCCAACAAAUUGAUUGAGGUUGCCAACCUGGCCUGUUCCAUUUCAAACAAUGAAGAAGGUGUGAAGCUUGUCCGAAUGUCUGCAAGCCAGUUAGAAGCUCUCUGUCCUCAGGUUAUUAAUGCUGCACUGGCAUUAGCAGCAAAACCACAGAGUAAACUGGCCCAAGAGAACAUGGAUCUUUUUAAAGAGCAAUGGGAAAAACAAGUUCGUGUCCUCACUGAUGCUGUAGAUGACAUUACUUCCAUUGAUGACUUCUUAGCUGUCUCAGAGAAUCACAUUCUGGAAGAUGUGAAUAAAUGCGUCAUUGCUCUGCAAGAAAAGGAUGUAGAUGGGCUGGACCGCACAGCUGGUGCCAUCCGAGGCCGAGCCGCCCGAGUCAUUCAUGUGGUCACUUCCGAGAUGGACAACUAUGAGCCGGGGGUCUACACUGAGAAGGUGCUGGAGGCCACCAAGCUGCUUUCUAACACAGUCAUGCCACGCUUUACCGAGCAAGUGGAGGCAGCCGUGGAAGCGCUCAGCUCAGACCCUGCCCAGCUCAUGGAUGAAAAUGAGUUUAUAGAUGCUUCCCGCCUGGUGUAUGACGGCAUCCGGGACAUCAGGAAGGCAGUGCUGAUGAUAAGGACUCCUGAAGAGUUGGAUGACUCGGACUUUGAGACAGAAGAUUUUGAUGUCAGAAGCCGAACAAGCGUCCAGACAGAAGAUGAUCAGCUGAUCGCUGGCCAAAGUGCCCGGGCCAUCAUGGCUCAGCUUCCCCAGGAGCAGAAAGCAAAGAUCGCUGAGCAGGUGGCCAGCUUCCAGGAAGAAAAGAGCAAGCUGGAUGCCGAAGUGUCCAAAUGGGACGACAGUGGCAACGAUAUUAUCGUGCUGGCCAAGCAGAUGUGCAUGAUCAUGAUGGAGAUGACCGACUUCACCCGUGGGAAAGGACCACUCAAAAAUACCUCUGACGUGAUCAGUGCCGCCAAGAAAAUUGCUGAGGCGGGUUCCAGGAUGGAUAAGCUCGGCCGGACCAUCGCAGACCAUUGUCCAGACUCGGCCUGCAAGCAGGACCUGCUGGCCUACCUGCAGCGCAUCGCCCUCUACUGCCACCAGCUCAACAUAUGCAGCAAGGUCAAGGCCGAGGUGCAGAACCUCGGCGGGGAGCUCGUGGUCUCAGGGGUGGACAGUGCCAUGUCGCUGAUCCAGGCAGCCAAGAACUUGAUGAACGCUGUGGUGCAGACAGUGAAGGCAUCCUAUGUGGCCUCCACCAAAUACCAGAAGUCUCAGGGCAUGGCGUCUCUCAACCUCCCUGCCGUGUCUUGGAAGAUGAAGGCCCCUGAGAAGAAGCCCCUGGUUAAGAGAGAGAAACAAGAUGAGACGCAGACCAAAAUCAAACGGGCAUCACAGAAGAAGCAUGUAAACCCCGUGCAGGCCCUCAGUGAGUUUAAAGCAAUGGACAGCAUCUAA